UGGUGGAUGGUGAACGGUGGUGAUGUGCGCAGCGGACGUGGACGCGGAGGUGGUGCUGAUGACGGAGGCGGAGGAUCGUGACGGGGAGAGCUUCCUGGCGCUGAAGGAGCUGCAGGUGCUGGUGCAGGAGGUGCGUCAGGCAUCGGUGCGCCUGGACAACCUCUUCGGGGGAGACCCAAUGCUCGGUGAGGUGGUGAACGCGGCGGUGAACGCGCACUUCCCCAAGGUGCUGCAGGAGCUGCGGCCGGCGCUGCAGCGCUCGCUGCAGGACGCGCUGCAGGACCUCGUGGCCAAGAUCCUCGCCUCCUACCCCACGCGCCUGCUCUUCCCCGAGGACUGAGGACUUCUGCGGACUUGGCAAUGCCACUGGACUCUUGACCCUCAACGGAAACUAUGCACCGGGGUUUUGAUUUGAUUUAUUGAGACAAAAAAAAAACCUAAAAAAUGAAUGGGGAAGAAGAUCAUCUGCGCACGUUUUCUUGAGUUCCAGGAUUCUUUCCCAACAUUGUAACCAUAAAUAGUUGAAAGGUGAGUAAACGUUUAAAAAAUAAAACAAACAAAAUAAAUAAUACAUUUUACAAAAGCGCAAGAUUAUCCACAUUUGAAAAAUAGACAUUCUCGUUCCUGAGUUAUAGAACAUUUAUUUGAUGCAGUAAACGAACUGCAGAUUUGAUUUUUGUGCAAUGCUAACAAAUUAGUAACUCAUCCUUACUUCUGCUCCUACGUACCACCACAAGCAAAGGGGAGCUCAACAAAACGUGCGCAUAGUCAAGCAACAUUUAUGGGGUCUGUACGACCUCGGUAAAUAUACAUCUGUUUAAUAAAAUGUAGAUUUUAUAAAAGUCUGUUUGUAAAAUGAUGCUGUCCUCUUUUGAAUUUCGUUAAUGUAUUUUCAACAGAUUUUAUUGAUGUAAUAAUAAAUGUUAUUGAUUAAAUUCACAUAAGUGUAUGUAUCUAUUUUUUGGCAAGACGUAUAUAAAAAUGCAAUAUUUGCAUGUAUUGUUUAUGAUUCUCACAGGCAGCAUUCAGAAUUAUGCUCCGUGUUCACCACACUCAGAUCUUCCACAUAGUAUAGAACUUUUAUUUCGUAUUUCCUAGUCUUUUUCAGUUAGAAAGAAAUUGCACUACUCUAUCACACGAUGUGUCACGU